AUGGUACAUGGACCAUGUGGUGCUCGAAAUCCGCAAGCACCAUGUAUGGAAAAUGGUAGAUGCACUAAGAGAUACUCUCGAGCUUUCACAGAAACAACAACUAUGGAUCAAGAUGGAUACCCUAUCUAUCGUCGUCGCAAUAAUGGUCAAGUACAUACUGUGAGAGGGCAAGAAGUUGAUAACAAGGAUGUCGUACCAUACAAUGCAUAUCUUUCAAAACUUUUCAACUGUCAUAUAAAUGUAGAAGUUUGUGCCGGAAUGAGAUUUGUCAAGUAUAUACAUAAGUACAUUUAUAAGGGUUAUGAUCGUACAACGAUGGUGUUAGGAAUGAUAAAUGAGAUUCAACAAUAUCUCGAUGCAAGGUAUAUUGGACCUCCAGAAGCUGCUUGGCGAAUAUUUGGUCAUCCUUUGCAUGCAGAGAUGCCAACAGUUGUACGAUUGGCACUUCAUUUACCUGGAAUGCAUCGUGUUGUUUUUAAUCCAGAAGAGUCAUUACAAACGAUUUAA